CCUUCUCUUACUCCCUCACUUCUCAGUCCAAUGCCAAUUCAAUCCGUCAGUCAGUUCAGUCGAGUUGAGGAUUGUUGGUGGUUGAAGGAUAAACGAUCAACUGGUCUAUUCUGUGAAUUGGCGUUCAAAAAUAUACAGUGAUAAGUGAGAUUUGUCAUGAGAAAUUCGGCUGACCCAGUGGAGUGAAUGAGAUCCAUGAACAUAACUUAUGACUGCUCUUAAAGAUUUGGUAGUUGUGGCAUAAUAAGUUUUACUCUACUUUGUAAAUUGCUUAAUGUACUUAAGAUUGUGUUCCCUCUACUAUCAAACUGUGAAAAUUAUUGUAAUUGCCCAAGUUUGUACAGUCUAUAAACUGUUAAAAUUAUUUUAAUUGCCCAAGUUUAUAAAGCUUAUAAAACCUAUUCAAAUAAAUCUUAAGAUGAGCAACCCAAAUUCGUUUAAAACACAAUAUCUGAGACCUUGGAUGAGAGAAUCUGGAGCUGCAGCAGCUGCUUCAAGUUCUGGUCUCAAAGGCAUAAUAGCAGGUGGAAUAACUGGUGGUAUUGAAAUAUGCAUAACAUUCCCUACGGAGUAUGUUAAAACCCAACUUCAACUGGAUGAAAAGGGUGGUUCUAAGCGUUAUACAGGAAUUGGGGAUUGUGUGAAGAAGACGGUCGCAAGCCAUGGGUUUUUUGGUCUCUACAGAGGGCUCAGUGUGCUUCUUUAUGGUUCGAUUCCAAAAUCAGCAGUACGGUUUGGAGCUUUUGAGGCCAUGAAGAAGAGAUCUGUAGAUGAAAGAGGCAACCUGAGUCCCACAGCCCGAGUGUACUGUGGUCUGGGUGCGGGGGUGUGUGAGGCUAUCUUCGCUGUUACACCCAUGGAGACAGUCAAGGUUAAAUUCAUCAAUGACCAACGCUCUGCUAACCCACGCUUCCGAGGCUUUUUUCACGGUGUCUCCUUGAUUUUGAAAGAACAAGGUUUCCGUGGAGUGUAUCAAGGCUUGACUGCCACUAUCCUUAAGCAGGGUAGCAAUCAGGCAAUCAGAUUCUUUGUUAUGGAGACCUUGAAAGACAAAUAUCGAGGAGGAGAUCCAAACAAGUCAGUGCCAAAGUAUAUUGUAGGUGCAUUUGGAGCAGUUGCUGGAGCAGCUUCUGUAUUUGGCAACACUCCAAUUGAUGUAGUCAAGACAAGGAUGCAAGGUCUGGAGGCAUCCAAAUACAGUGGCACUAUGGAUUGUUUUGUCAAGAUUUGGAAAAAUGAAGGCCCAGCAGCGUUCUACAAAGGGACUGUGCCAAGACUGUCCAGGGUGUGCUUGGAUGUCGCUAUCACUUUCAUGAUUUACGACUCUUUCAUGGACCUGUUCAACAAAGUCUGGCCGUGAAUCUUCCCAUAUCCCGUCCACUUAUUUACUGUAUAGUUUUAUAUGUUCUGUUGUGUUUGUUCCACUUUGUUCUUUGUUUUAUGUUAUAAUUUAAAAGAUUUUAAGUAUGGGGACUUCUGAGAGUUCAUUUAUUGGUUGUAAAUGAAAUUUAUGUGUUCAACAGAUAGUCUCAGUAACGUUCUUUAAAGUUUAACUUAACUUUGUUGUAAGUAAAAAAAAAACUACAUACACUGACAGCUGUGAUGUUUUGUAAUAGUGAAAUUAAGACUAAAAAUGUUUGACUGCCAUACAAACAAGUCAUUUAAUAAAGCUAGUUAUAAGAUAUUUUUACGAUUAUAAAGAAACAGUGUAAGUACCUUGAUCAAAAGACUAUGCUCAGUCAAAGAAAACCUGCAGUAGUACUGGAUUUUAACAACUCUGACAGUCUUAUAUUACUGUGUAGUUAAACCACUAAUUCGCUCUAAAGACUUGCACGGGUCAUAUGGUUCUUGCUCACUAGCCAGUUGCUGGGAUCUCUUGAUGCAACUGACUUUCCUGAUACAGCUUCUCAGGAACCUCCUAUAACAAAUUUCUGGACGAUGUUUGGUUUGCCCAUACUCUCCAAGACAUCUUUGUCAUAAUUUCUUGUAAUAGGUACACAAGUGUAAUAAGUAUAUUGGGGGAGAAGUCUCUCCAGUUGUCGUUUGUCUUUGGAUUCUGACUUGUACUUGAUCUUGGUGAUCAUUGAAGCUGGGUACUUUUUCCUAGCCUCUACUUUCUCAUUGGGAUGCUGGCUGUUAGUAGAUUUGGGCUGUAUGUAACCUGCUCUUCUGCUUUUGGUACCACUUCAGGUGCCUGUUGCAAGCCUUAAUUCCAAAGGUUCUCUUGAGAAAGAGCAUGAUUAAGGCCUGUCAGCUUGACUUGAGGGAAUAGGGGUACCUGGACAACUGCUAUUGUCUGUACCAACUUAUUAUGCACUUAGUCUGUCCCUGCACUUAAUAUGAGUUUUCCUCAUUAGAGAUACAACAGUGCCUUAGGUUUGCAAGAAUCAAAUGUUUUCCUUUUCUUCAUAAAAGUUUUCUGACGUAUUAUGGAGUUCAUGACAAGUACCUCAGGGCAGAAGGUUUGGUUACAGGAAACAUGAGACAGCAGUGUGGACUGGACAGGAUAUCACCACUUUCAUCUUCUCUAGUAUGUCAGCCAUUUCUAUGAACUUUGUAGUCACAUAUUGUUCAUUUUAUUAAAAGCCAAUUGUAACCUCUUUAUCUCCUUAAUACAUACUAUAUUUUAAUUUUGUAGUAUUUGUAUUUACUCACAUUUUGUACACUUGCCAAUAAAAGUAUAGUACUAUUUUAUAAACUCAGGUAAAAAGGAAUGGAAUCAUUAACAUGAGAAAUAAAUUUAUCAAAUAUAGUCAUGACAUGAGUUACAGUUAUAAUUAUUUAUAUGACUUGAUAUGUAGUUGAACUAUAUUGACUAUAGAUAAUGAGUUAGUUUUAUCUUGCCAUAAGCUUAGUGGAACGAUAGUUGACUUUGUCAAUGUGCUUUCCAACUUUUCCACAUUUUGUGUUUUUGGGAAUAUAUAGUGAGUUUGUAUCUAAUACAAUUCAGACGAACCCAUUAAUUCAAGUAUUUCAUAUAUCAAAAAGAAAACUAUGUUACGUGUCAUAUGUAAAUAUAUAAUUUUAUUCAGUGCACAUCGUGUUCAAAAUUCUCUUACAUCUUUGUAUGAAUUUCCAUUACAGUUCUUAAAAUAAACCUUGUUCAAGCUUUUACAGAAGGUAAUAUUGGGCCAACUGCCAAUAAUACUGACUGUCACAGACGGAUUUCUCAGUAAAGUGUAGUAAUAAAUCUUCAAACAAUGUUCUUUAUCUUCAGCUACCAUUGAGAAACGUUACUGUCCUUAUGGUGUAUUAUAAGAAACAUUAAACUGAGUCUUUCAAUAUUAUCAAGCAUGGUGUAUUAUGUUAGUGUCAACUUUUGCUUUAGUUAACUAACAUAUUCUAACAUUCCUGGCUGAAUCUUCCUAAUUUAGUUAUUUUAGAUGCAGGGUAUCUAUUUUAAGGGAUCUUCUACUUUAAAGAGGUUACAGGGAAUAUCUUCUUGAGAUACAAGUAAAUGAUGACUUUUAAUCAACUAACGAGGUAAUGGUUAUCAUUAUGGUUGUGUCAUACUUUAUUAUAACUUAAGUUCGAUUUCUGUUACCAUUCACAACUGUGGAAUAUUUAAAGUUAAGUCAACUAUUUUUUUGAAAACUAAUUGUUUUAUCUUAUAGCUAAUUUGCCAAUGGGUUUUAUAACUGUUGGGAAAAUGUGUUAAACUAUGUAUUCAGUUAAUAGUUUUGUAAUGUUAGAAAAGCAUUUAAUAUUAAUAGCAUUCCAUUUUACUGCAAAGCACAACCCAAUUAUGUUUGUUUUCUGUGUUUUUGUGCGUACCAAAAAUAGUUUUGUUUGGUAGGGGAACCAGUUUCAGUAAAAACAAAUUAGUGUUUUUGUGCUAAAGAAAUAGAUUUUUAAUAUUUCAUCAAAAUCUAUUUUGUAUUUUUAAACUCAAAAUUGGUUAAAAAAAAUUCAAAACAGUUCUAGUUCAAGAAAUACUAAAAGUGUUGAUUUUGAGCACAUUUUUGGGUAACUAGAUAUUACUUAGCCCAAAGAUGUAAGAAAAAUUGUCAGGAAAUGUUCUUCAAACUCUAGCACUUGUAUCAUAUGUAUGGACACACCCACAGCUCAUACCGAUCUCUAUCACUAAUUCUCACAUGUCCUAGCAUAGUCAAGUUUUCAAUUUCUUUUGCUUAUUGGUACUUUAAACCGAGCGAAGUAUUUUAUUUUUAAUAAGUUUAUGUAUUUUAAUGCCGAUAGUUUUUUAUUAACUGUAGUAGAGUUUUUUUCAAUGUUUCUUUUAAGCAAAAUUCUUGACUAUGCGUAUUUUUGUAAACAUUUGCUGAACAUGUUUAAAAUAAUGGAAUCUGAUUGUGAAUUAGAUAUGUAAAAUUCUUCUUUAGAUCCAAUAUUUUAGCCUCACUUCGCUCAUGAUAAAAACAAUUAAAGUUAAUUUUGAUUAUCAGAAGGACAAACUAAAUAAAUUAUGUCAAAAAAUAAAAAUCUAUUUAGUGUCCAUUCCAAAAACUAUAUUUAUCCAUAAUUAAUUGAAUAUCUCAUGGUACAAAAUAACUAAUAGCUUACAAGGUCUCACAUAAAUAAUAACAACUAACAUUAGAUAUAAUUUUCAAUGAGCAGUUUUCACUCUCACUCUAGUAAAAAAAAACAAAAAAAAAUAUAAAAUGGUUCUUUAAAUGAGGACAUUAUUUUAAUAGAUUUAAAAAAAUUAUUAAUACAGUUUAACAAUUUUUAACCAAAGCAAUGUUUGUAAUCAUCUCCAAUAAAACAGUUUUGUCAUUUCUUAUCUCUUUAUUUCAAAUUUUGUUUUUUAACAUCUUGUAUUGUAGGGGUUUGAUUUUCAAAACAGAAAACCCCUAAUAUUCAUCUAAUUGUAAUCAUUACGAGAAUGUUCAAAUUACUACUUUGGAUUGUAUCUUAAUAUUAAUGAAAAUGCAAUUCCACAUCUUCAUGUGAAUAGUUAUAGUUUAAAUUUGUUUUUAGAUAAAGUGUGCUUAGUAUAAUUAUAAUUUUUCUAUAGAUAUAUAAAAUACUCUUUGAAAUUUUUUUUAUAUGAGACAAAAUCCUUUGCUCUUUUCUCAGUUGUCAAAACCUUUACUAUAUAUUGCAUAUUUUCUUGGAGUGAAUAAAUUUCAAAGAUCUGUGAUUUCUCUAAUUUAGUCAUUGGUAUAAGUUGAGAGCAACCAGAAAAGGGUUUUAAUUUAAGUUUGUUAAAGUAUAAGGUAAGAGAUUGUAUGUACAGAUGAGAUAUCUGUUUAAAUGUUCAGUUAAGGACUAUCCCCGUAUAUAUUAUGGUAAUUAUACUAAGCACACUGAUGUAUUUACUUUGGUAUUUAUUGCAUUAGCAUUUGUAUGCAUACAACCAUUUGUAGGCUAUGUUUCUCAAAAGAAUGUCAUGAAACUAGAAAAUGCAAAAACUACCUCAUUUGACUUGCAGUUUGUAAAACAAAUUUAAGUGUGUAAAGUUAUGAGAAAACAUAUCUUUUUACAAAUAACUAUUUUGUAACUAAAAUAUAUACACUGAAAUAUUUUUUACAUUUUUAUAACAAAUGGCAUAUCGAAGUGUAUAAAAACAAUUUACUCAGUUACAUUUAAAUCAUUCACUUGCACAAAAGCUUUGUAUGUUUAGUUUAUUUCAGAUACUACUAGGUAACCAAAAUAGACUGCUUGUCAGAGGCCUGUUAAAUAAAAUAUGUGUACUUAGGAAAGUGUAAAGAAGUAGAAAUUAUCUGUAGGGGACAAUACCAUGGUCUGUCCAGUUGUGUAAUAUGCAUAUUUGUAAAAAUAAAACAACUAUUGAUUUGUUAAAA